GGCACAAUGGACGCUGCGAGCUGCUAGCGGCGGCUGGCCUCCGAUUCAGUAACUUUGACUCAGAGUACAGGAGGAGGAGACCAUGGGGAACACGAGCACUGCUAUGGGCCAGGGUGAGAAGGCCCACCGGAGGGACAGUCGAGGGACCAAGGAGGGGGAAAGGCCCAAAAUCUUGAUGGACAGUCCCGAGGAUGCAGAUAUAUUUCAUGGUGAAGAUAUGAAAGCUCCUCUGGAGAAAGAGGAGUUCCUUGCAUGGCAGCAGGACUUGGAAGCAGAUGACAAAGGGCCAGCUUUGGACCGGCCAACAGUUUUUCGCUGGACUGGGGAGUGCAGAGAGGUUUAUCUGUCCGGAUCCUUCAAUAGCUGGGCCAGUAAGAUCCCCCUGAUCAGGAGUCAGAACAACUUCGUGGCCAUCGUGGAUCUGCCGGAGGGGGAGCAUCAGUACAAGUUCUACGUGGACGGGCAGUGGACCCACGAUCCAACUGAGCCGGUAGUGACCAACCAGCUGGGUACAGUCAACAACAUCAUCCAGGUGAAGAAAACAGACUUUGAGGUGUUCGAUGCCCUCAUGGUGGACUCCCAGAAAUGCUCUGAUAUGUCAGACCUCUCCAGCUCCCCACCCGGAUCGUACCAUCAGGAUGCCUACGUUCCCAAACAGGAAGAGAAGUUCAAGUCUCCGCCCAUCCUGCCGCCUCACCUGCUACAGGUCAUCCUCAACAAGGACACAGGCAUUUCUUGUGAUCCUGCAUUGCUGCCAGAGCCCAAUCAUGUCAUGUUGAACCACCUCUACGCUCUCUCCAUCAAGGAUGGUGUGAUGGUUCUCAGUGCCACCCAUCGCUACAAGAAGAAGUAUGUCACCACCUUGCUGUAUAAGCCCAUCUAACUGAGGACCUGGCUGUGACCAGCCUAGUGUGUUACUAUGCACCGAGUGUACAAAAUAUUAGCUGCACCUUCUCUUCACAUGAAGCAAAGAUGACCAGGCUGACAUGGUGAUGCCCUAAAUUAUGUAGAUGAGGAGGAGGAGACAAGUGAAGUGAAGACUCGUAAGUCUUUGGGUAGCAGUCUGAUUUGUAGUGCUGUUCAGCGCCAUGUGACGAAGGUCUUCACAGCUAGUGGAGCUGUGAUCAGUGAAGUCUAACGACCUAAUGAAAUCAUGAUUGUUCAGUUACAUAAACAGUAGGAAAAUUAAAAUAAAAACGUUUCAGAGGUAAGGUGGUCCCAUCAGUGUAGGCUGGGACCAGUGUGAUGUGCAGGUCCAUGGUCUAUAAACCUAGGAGUUGUGGUAAUAAUUUGUACAUUCAGUGUGUAUGCAAUUCAUUUACAUAUCUGUUUACUACAGCUAAUGCCACUCCGUCACUGAAGUACUGUCUUCUGACCACGUAGCGCCCUCUGUAGUUUGAAAGACCGACAGCUCUAUCAAAGAAUCAGUUCAUCUGCAUACAGAGACAUUCCUGUCAAUAAAGGUUGUGUCCAGGUGAACUGAUUCACCUCCUCCGAUCUCCUUACCUGGACCACUGAGCAUGCAGCCACACGCCCACAGCUCCACCUAGCACAUGCAUCGAGAGGCGGUAUGGAUGACCUACCACAUGUGUUGAGAACAAGUGUAAAUGUGAUGGGGUGGUCUGGGGCGGCGGGGACAAGCCGACUGACAGUACGAAGAGUUUGUUGCCCUCCGUGAGAUGAUGUGUUUACCCUCGAGUGGGGAGAUCGACUCUAUUGUCUCGGGAGAGGAGACACGGAGGUAAAAAGGAAGUUCCUCUUGAAUGUGAAGACGUCGCUUGGCAGAUCAUGAUGGGUUGCACAGAGAUGAGAAGGAUGCAGAUUAUUUCUUUUCACCCACCUGUUCCUUGUCUCUCAGCCUCUGUUGUGUUGUCUUGCCUGAUUGUCUCAGUUUUGCUGUCUGUCCUUUAGUUAGGAGCACUGUAGAAUCACGUUUUGUUACUUGAAUUUGUGUAAUAUCAGAUGAUGUUGGAAUUUUUUGUUUGGUAAAUAUGUUUGAAUAAAAUAAAUACA